UAAAAAUCAAAGGUGCCUUAGCUCCAUUCAUUUAUGCUCAUGGCGGAAGCUUCUACAACGGAGAUUAACUUUCUUUGCCAGGUCUGGAUGAUACUGUUCUCAAAUAGAAUAAUCGUACAAUAAAAUAAUCCUAGUGGAAAUAAAAGAACUAAACUACUCAGUAUGAACGACGCGUCAGUAGACACUCACCUCUGCAUCCGUUGCAACGAGACAAUCGUUGGUAUUGGUGCCUAUCUAGAUCACCGACGAGAAGACUGUUUAGGCUCCACAGGCUCAAUUGCCUCGACCUCAGUUGUAACCCUUGCUAACACGGCCAACACUGCUAGUGGUUUGCCAUCAUCAAUAGUUCCAGUCAGAGACGUCCUCGACAUUCCGUUCUUGCCUGAUGCUCCUGAGCUUCCAGACUUCUUCUUGUCCCUCGACCUUCAGAGAAUCACUCCCCUUGUUGAACCAGUCGAUGUCGAUGAAGCUGCGGAGAACGAAGAUAAUGAGGAUAACGAUGAAGAUGAGGAUGACACGGAUCCUCUUAGGCCUCCCCGAGGACACACCGGAGGCAAAUGGAGGCCCGGUAGUAGACCGUCAAUUAUGAACGGACUCAGUUUUCAUAGAGUUACCUUGCAAGAUCAUAGCCCAGAAAGGUUACCGGAUAUACUCGAGAAAAUGGGAUGUGCACCCUGCGGCCGUAUCUUCCGCGACAAAUACACCUAUCAGCGACAUCUUGAGUCGGCGUUACAUAGAAAACGCAGCCUUCGUAACGCUAAAAUGAUCCAAGAACAAUACGAACCCUCCAUGGAAAUCCAACCACCUGAGCUCAUUAUAGGAAAUCUCCUGAAGCGAACUAGGAGCAGUAGAAUGCAUAAAGAAGUCGCGAAUCCUUUGCUGGGUGAAUCACAACAAACAAAGGAAACAAUAAAAAAAGCUCAAUAUCGUUGCUCAUUAUGUUUCCGGUGGUUUCACAAUUUUCGAAGGCUUCACCUUCACAUGGCGGAACAUCGACAACUCGAUGGCCUUUGUUGUUCGCACUGCCCACAGAAAUUUUCGGAGGAAAGAGAGCUGCGGCUACAUUUGAAGACCCAUAAAGAACACCAUACGUGCUGUGGAACAAUAUUUACCACCACAAAAGGUUACCGUGAGCAUAAGGAAAGGGUGCAUGUUGCCAUCAGAGAGUGGUUAUCUUGUUCAAGCUGCAAGCGCAAGUACCAAACAGGUAGGGCUCUCCGCGAACACGUCUGUGGGAAUUCGGAAGAAAAAAUACCAUGCUCCGACUGCAAUUAUAGAGGUAGCCGAAAGAAUCUUGCACUUCAUAAAAGAACCCACUUUGAUGAUAAGCGCUAUAAAUGUCCAAAGUGCAAACUUGUUUUUACAAGACAUGGUCAGUUGUGGCGCCACCUAAAACUACAUAAAGGCGAUAAAACAUACCAAUGUCCAUAUUGUGAUUAUUCAUGCGUGUUAAUCGAAAAUUUGCGAGCCCAUAUCCUCAAAGGCUCAAAACAUAAGGGUCUUUAUGUUUAUCCUUGUAAAAAGUGCUCAUUUGGUACGAAUAGCGCAAUCGAGGCUAAGUACCACGCAGAUUUACAUCAGGUAUGUUAAUACCAAAUUGUCGACGUCAGUUGCAUUCUGGUUCGAAUGUGCAUAUUUUGUUCUCUGUUUGGUAUAUGAAAAAUGUAAAGAAUAGGAAUACACUAAGGUA